AACAUUCACAGAGUCAGUCGUGAUGGGUCUUCUCUCCUGGUGGAAAGGCAGCGACUCCAAAGCCGAAACCAAGCCCAGCAACCCGGACCCGAAACCGGUCGAAGUUCCCGGCAUGAACGGCGCCGUUGAGGUCCCUCGACCCGCCGCCGCAGCCAAAGUCACCGUCUUUGAGUUCGGGUCUGUCGCCGCUUCUUCAGAUAAGGUCACUCUCGUCGGGUACUGCCCCGUCUCCGAGGAGCUCGAGCCCUGCCGCUGGGAGAUCCUCUCCGCGAGUGGCUCCGACGCGCCGCAGUUCCGCGUGGUGUUCUGAGCUCAAAAAGGUGUUGCCUUUGGUUGGAAUUCUGAGGUUUAAGCCUGUUUGCUGUAAUUUGAAGUUUUAUGAGGAGUUAGGGUUUUGCUGAAUUUGUGUAGAACUAUAAAUGUUUAGCUUGGAAUGACAAUUCAGUAAGAUUUACGUGGUAA